AUGAUGAGACGUUCAUUGGUACAGUUUAUUGCACGAAGGUGUUUCGCUUCCGAGAUCCAUUCGUACGGGGUUGGAGUACUAAGAAAUCCAGUCACCAAUAAGGGUACUGCGUUUACCAUUAGAGAACGACAGCUACUUGGAAUUCAUGGUCUUCUUCCCCCUGCUGUAUCUAAUCUUGAUGUGCAGUCCAGGAAAAUGAUAAACAAUCUAAAACAUUUAGAGGAUAAUCUUCAACGUUAUAUUUUCCUGAUUGGGCUUCAAGACCGAAACGAAACCCUUUUCUACAAGGUUGUUACAGAGCAUACCGAAUACUGUAUGCCUCUCAUUUACACACCUACUGUAGGUUUAGCCUGUCAAAAAUAUGGUCUCGUUUUCCGCAGACCCCGAGGUCUUUAUAUUACCAUUCACGAUCGCUACAACAUCGAUGACAUCUUGAAGAACUGGCCGGAGCCUAUUGUUCGUACCAUCGUUGUUACUGAUGGGGAGCGAAUUUUGGGUUUGGGAGACUUGGGCGCCUACGGUAUGGGUAUCCCCGUGGGUAAAUUAUCUCUUUACUCUGCCCUGGCCGGUGUUAACCCAAGACACUGCCUUCCAAUUGUCCUCGACGUAGGGUCUGACAACCAGGACCUUCUUAAUGACAUGCAUUACUUGGGUAUUAAGCACAAACGCAUUCGUGACGCACGCUACGAUGAACUUUUGGAUAACUUCAUGCGUGCCAUUGUUCGACGAUAUGGCAACAAUUGCCUGGUUCAAUUCGAGGACUUUGGCAACCGUAAUGCUUUUCGCAUUCUCGAACGCUAUCGUCAUGACUACUGUACCUUCAACGACGACAUUCAGGGUACCGCCUCUGUGACGGUUGCCGGUCUAAUUGCCGCUGGACGCUUGACGGGUCGCCGACUGUCCGACGAUACGUACCUCUUUGUUGGCGCUGGCGAAGCUGCCAGUGGCAUUGCCCACCUUCUGAAGACAGCUAUGGUUAUGCAUGGCCUUCCAGAGGCGGAUGCUAUCAAUAAAAUCUACAUGUUUGACAAAGAUGGCCUACUGGUUGAGGGUCGUCCUGAGGGUAAUAUUGACGAACACAACUCCACCUUCGUUCGCACCGACGUUGAACCAAUGCGAAACCUCGAGGAGAUUGUUCGCAAGCUCAAACCCACCGCACUGAUUGGUGCAUCCGGUGUGGGCGGUCUUUUUACCCAUCGCAUUUUACAGCAGAUGAAAAAGAACGUCGACCGUCCGAUAAUAUUUGCGUUGAGCAAUCCCACCGAUAAGGCAGAGUGUACGGCCGAGGCUGCCUACAACACCACAGGGGGCGCCUGUGUUUUUGCGAGCGGUUCGCCCUUCGGUGAGGUGACGAUGAAUGUGGGUGGACAGGUCAAGACCUUCAAGCCGGGCCAGUGCAACAACUCAUACAUCUUCCCCGGUGUCGGUCUCGCUAUUACCGCUUGCAAGUUACGUCCCAUCCCAGAUGAAUGUUUUGCCGUAGCCGCUGAUUGCUUGGCAGAGCAGGUGAAAGAAGAGGAUCUUGCGUUGGGACGAGUAUUCCCACCCCUUAGCCAAAUCCGUCCUGUCUCGCUGGCGAUAGCGCAUCGAGUCGCGGAGUUCGCCUACGAAGAAGACGUGGCGCAUCUUAUUCCAAAACCCGAAAAUCUCGUGGCCUACAUUCAAGAUCAAAUGUACGUGCCCAAAUACGACUCCGCACUGCCCGAUUUUUACGAUUGGCCUGAGGAGGCUAUCCGCAAGCCUCUCGAAUAG